UGAUGUUUGUCAGAGGCACAGAUCAAACUAGUAACAUUUAAUUAAUUUAGGUUUUUUCGCAAAUUUGUUGGGAGAAGAGCUUCCAUAUUACACAGAAACUGAUUACGUUAAAUUUAAAGACAUAGGAUCUAUAUAUUAUCAUUUGAUAUUGAAAGAAGGAACGCCAAAUCUUGAAGCAAUAUAGAAAGGUGAUGUAUUAGCUAUAUGGUUGAAUGGAGGUCCAGGAGCAUCUAGUUAACUUGGUAACUAUAUGGAAAUUGGCCCAUGGGUCAUAACAAAAAAUCCUGAUAAAGAAGCUAAGGACAAACCUUUUUUAGUUACUAAAAGAGUAAAUCAAAUUGAUAUUUCGUAUAGGAAUAUUCAUGGAAUAAGGUCAUGCACUUACUUUUUAUUGAUUAGCCAUUUGGAACGGGAAUGAGUAAGGCUGAGAAAGAAAACACAGUAACAAAUACUGAUCAAGCAGCGAGCUACUUUAUAGAAACCAUAAAUUAAAUUUAUACAAGAUUGAAUGGUUUAGAUUAAGUCAAUACUUAUAUAUUUGGAGAGAGUUAUGCUGGUCAUUACAUACCUGCAUUUGCUAUAAGACUUUUGAAAGAUAAAGAUAUUUUAAAAAAAAUUAACUUAAAAGGGAUUGCAAUAAUUGAUGGACUUACUGAUACUCAAAAUUAAUUGAAUCAUUACCACAGUUACUUAUAUAGUUUAGGAGCUAUUAAUUAAUAAGAUUUGGAGAGAUUAUAGAAGAUUGGAGCAUAAGGAUAAUAAUACAUUAUAGAUGAAGAUUAUGCAAAAGGAGCAGAAUAAUUAGGCUUAAUGACAGAGGAUAAAUUAAUUGAAUAGAUUGGAGGUCUUAAUGCAUACAAUAUUAGAAAAUAUAAAGGAUUAGAUGAUUAUGAUUAUUCUUGGGUUGAUUUUUUAAAAACUUAUAUCAAUCAAUUUUCAUCAGAAAUAAAUAAUUUUGAGAGGUUAAAUCCUGAAAUAUUUAAAACAUUCAUAGAAGAUAUAGGUAAAAGUAGACUCAAGGAUAUUCAAUUAUUAUUAAAUAGGUAAUAUAAAGUCUUGUUAAUUAAUGGAUAACUAGAUUAUAUAAUUAAUACACCAGGAGCAUGGAAUUGGAUUUAUCAAAUAGAUUGGAAAUACAAAUUUUAAUGGAAAAAUGCAUAAAAAAAAUUUAUCACAUUUCCAAAAUAUGGAUAGGAAAACAAGGUUGAAACUCAUGGUUACAUCAAGACAUAUGAAAACUUAUCAUAUGCCACUAUCUAUAAGGCAGGGCAUAUGAUACCAGCUGAUAACCCAAAAGCAAUAUAUUCUGUCAUUGAGAAUUUUAUAAAGUGA